UGAGGGGGUGAUACCGUGUGUGUGUGUGUGUGUGUGCACGUGCGCGCGCAUAUGGAAGCGAGGAGGAAGAGGAGGGGUGUGUGUGUGUGUGUGUGCGUGUGUAUUAGCGUGUGUGUGGAAAAAAGGAAGCGGAUCCCUCAAACGGCGAACUCGCUGCUUCCCUCUCUCGCCCUCCCAACAAGCAAGCAACCCCGCCGUCGAUGAAACCGCGACCGGCGUUACGAAGACGGGACUCUGGCCACUUCGGACUCGGGCCACUUCGGACUCGGGCCACAUCGGACCGCCGAACUACGCGCGGCUCGCCUCGUUGCUUUCGGACCUGGGAGCGAAGUGAAAGCCGUCUUUUGUUGAAACAAGUGCUCGCCACCCCUCAGCUCCUCCUGUGUGGCCAGUAGGGAUUUUUUUUUGUUUUUAAUUCAUCCGUAUGAAACAAAACGGAAACGAAAAGAAGAAGCCGUUUGUGCGUGUUUUGUGGAUUUGGCGCAGCAAGUUCGGUGCAAGGAUUUAAAGAAGUUGCUGGCUGCGGGAACCCCUUGAAGAAUCAUCAGACUGGCGGCUUUUCUGAAACACUGGGGUUGUUGGUGUGGCCAAAUUUUCCCUGGAUUUGACUGGUAAAUUCAGAAGACUGAAGCCCAGGCUCACAGUCUACCUUUCACGGAGGCCCAGCCGUGAGAGGACUGAGGAAGGCACGUGGCGGAUCAUGACGGCUGACAAAGAAAAGGAGCGGGAGAAAGAGCGGGACAGAGACAGAGAUCGGGACCGGGACAAGCGAGAGUCCGGGAAGUCUCGGAGACAAGAUGGCGAUCGGGGCGAGAGCGAAAGCUCCAGGCCGAGGCGCAGUUGUACACUUGAGGGCGGGGCCAAGAACUAUGCAGAGAGCGAACACAGCGAGGAUGAGGACAACGACAACGGUAGCACAGGCGGAGGAAACGGCACGGCCGAGGAGGCCGGAAAGAAGGGCAAGAAGAAGAUGCCCAAGAAGAAGUCUCGCUAUGAGCGCACAGAGAACGGAGAAAUCACCUCCUUCAUCACAGAAGACGAUGUUGUUUACAGACCAGGAGAUUGUGUGUACAUUGAGAGUCGCCGACCCAACACUCCCUACUUCAUUUGUAGCAUUCAAGAGUUCAAACUGAGUAAACGGGACCAUCUGCUAAUGAAUGUCAAAUGGUACUACCGCCAGUCUGAAGUGCCCGACUCGGUCUACCAGCACCUGGUGCAGGAUCGUCACAAUGAGAACGAUUCUGGAAGAGAGCUGGUUAUCACAGACCCAGUGGUCAGGAGUCGAGAGCUCUUCAUCUCUGACUAUGUGGACACUUACCAUGCUGCUGCUCUCAGGGGGAAAUGCAACAUUUCACAUUUCUCCGACAUUUUUGCUGCCAGGGAAUUUAAAGCCCGCAUUGACUCAUUUUUCUACAUCCUCGGAUACAACCCAGAGACCAGGCGACUAAACAGCACUCAGGGGGAAAUCCGAGUGGGCCCCAGCCACCAAGCCAAACUCCCAGAGCUGCAGCCCUUCCCCUCCUCUGGUAGCCAGGCCGUGACGGAAAAUGAGGAGCUGGUCUGGAUGCCGGGGGUCAAUGACUGUGACCUUCUCAUGUACCUCAGAGCCGCAAGGAGCAUGGCCGCCUUUGCAGGGAUGUGUGACGGAGGCUCAACAGAGGACGGAUGUCUCGCAGCCUCUCGAGACGACACUACAUUAAACGCACUUAACACUCUUCAUGAAAGCAACUACGAUGCAGGCAAAGCUCUCCAGCGCCUAGUGAAGAAACCUGUACCAAAACUGAUAGAGAAGUGCUGGUCGGAGGAUGAAGUGAAGCGCUUCAUUAAAGGCUUGAGACAGUUCGGAAAAAACUUCUUCAGGAUCCGGAAGGAGCUCCUGCCCAACAAAGAGACGGGUGAGCUCAUUACCUUCUACUACUAUUGGAAGAAGACCCCAGAGGCUGCCAGUUGUCGAGCUCAUCGCAGACAUCGGCGCCAACCCGUCUUUCGGCGCAUCAAGACGCGAACAGCUUCAACUCCUGUCAACACUCCUUCACGUCCACCCUCUAGUGAAUUCUUGGACUUAAGCUCGGCCAGUGAAGAUGACUUUGACAGCGAGGACAGCGAACAGGAGCUAAAGGGCUACGCCUGCCGCCACUGCUUCACCACCACCUCCAAGGACUGGCACCACGGGGGCAGAGAGAAUAUCCUGCUGUGCACAGACUGUCGUAUUCACUUCAAGAAGUACGGGGAGCUGCCUCCCAUCGAGAAGCCCGUGGACCCGCCGCCAUUUAUGUUCAAACCCGUCAAAGAGGAAGAGGAUGGACUCAGCGGGAAGCAUAGCAUGAGGACCAGGCGGAACCGAGGCUCGAUGUCAACACUACGUAGUGGUCGUAAGAAACAAACAGCCAGUCCCGAUGGCCGAGCCUCGCCAACCAACGAGGAUCUGCGCUCUAGCGGGCGAACUUCGCCAAGUGCUGCUAGCACCGACAGCACCGACAGCAAGACGGACACCAUGAAGAAGCCCAGCAAGAAGAUUAAAGAGGAGGCUCCUUCGCCCAUUAAGAGUGCCAAACGGCAGCGAGAGAAAGCAGUUUCAGACACAGAGGAGCCUGAGAGAGCCAGUGCCAAAAAGUCCAAAACACAAGAGCUGAGUCGGCCAGACUCCCCUUCAGAAUGCGAGGGAGAAGGAGAGGGUGAAGGCGAGGGCGAGAGCUCCGAUGGACGCAGCAUCAAUGAAGAGCUCAGCAGCGACCCGAAAGACAUUGACCAGGACAACCGCAGCUCCUCCCCAAGCAUCCCCAGUCCUCGUGACAACGAGAGCGACUCGGACUCUUCUGCCCAGCAACAGCAGCUCCUGCAGAGCCAGCACCCCCCAGUCAUCCAGUGUCAGCCGAGCACCUCAUCAGCCACUCCCUCCGCUCCACCUGCUCCUCCCACAGCUUCAGCCCCGACGCUGCCCCCGCAGGUUUCCCCCACGGCAGCUUCUGCCUCUCUGCCCCUUCAGCCUCUUCCCCAGGCCAGCCCCAUAGCUCUCAUCCAGUCAGGACCCUCUCUCCAUCCUCAAAGGCUUCCCUCUCCACAUUCACCCUUGACUCAAGCCCCGCCUCCUGGUCCUCUAGUUCCACCUCAGUCGUUACCUAGUUCGCAUCACGGGCCCAUGCCUCCCAUGCCUCACCCCCUACAGCCUGGCCCACUUCACAUGCCCCACCCCCACUCAAUGCCUUCACAGGCCUUCCCUGUCGGUCAGUCUCAGGUCCCGCCCCCGCCCAUAUCUGGCCCGUCACAACCAAGGCCACACACACCGCCCUCACAUUUAUCUUCUCACAGUGGAGGACAGCCUCCCCGGGAGCAGCCCCUCCCACCUGCCUCAAUGUCCAUGCCUCACAUCAAGCCCCCGCCAACCACACCUAUCCCUCAGAUACCCACGCCACAGUCCCACAAACACCCGCCGCAUGUGUCAGCGCCUCCAUUUCCGCAGAUGCCUUCCAACCUCCCUCCGCCUCCUGCCCUCAAGCCCCUCAGCUCGCUAUCCACCCACCACCCACCAUCGGCACACCCGCCCCCCCUGCAGCUCAUGCCCCAGGGGCAGCAGCUUCAGCCCCCUCCCGCACUGCCUCCAGUUCUCACUCAGUCCCAAAGUUUACCGCCAACAUCCAGCCACCAGCCUCCUCCAGCUCCUCCGCUGCCGCCCUCUGCAGCGGCAUCACACCCCAACGGGCCGCCGCAGCCGUCUUUCUCGCACCCUUUCAGUACAGUUCUACCUCCAACCGGGCCCCCCGGGUCCUCAUCAAACUCUGUGCCGGGCUUACAACCGACAUCUUCCUCCAUGCCGCCUUCCUCCAUCUCCAUGCCGCUCCCCGCCUCCGUCAGUUGCAGCAGCUUGGGCGUGGGGCUCCCGCCGGUGCACAUCAAGGAGGAGCCACUGGACGAGAUGGAGGAGCCAGAGAGCCCCCCACCUCCACAGAGGAGUCCCUCACCAGAGCCCACUGUCGUCAACACGCCAAGCCAUGCCAGCCAGUCUGCACGGUUCUACAAGCACCUGGAUCGAGGUUACAACUCGUGCGCUAGGACAGAUUUCUACUUCACUCCCUUGGCCUCGUCCAAACUGGCCAAGAAGCGAGAAGAAGCUGUGGAGAGGGCGAAGAGGGAGGCGGAGCAGAAAGUGAGAGAAGAGAAAGAGAGAGAGCGGGAGAGGGAAAAAGAGCGAGAAAGAGAGCGGGAACGAGAGAAGGAAGCCGAGCGAGCGGCGAAAGCAUCCAGUUCAGCUCAUGAGAGCAGAAUGGGUGACCCUCAGAUGGCCGGGCCCGCCCACAUGCGUCCGCACUUUGACGGGCCCCCCACCACCAUCGCAGCCGUGCCUCCGUACAUCGGCCCUGACACGCCCGCCCUGCGCACCCUCAGCGAAUACGCCCGCCCCCACGUCAUGUCCCCCACCAAUCGAAACCACCCCUUCUUUGUGUCCCUCAACCCCGCGGACCCUCUGCUGGCGUACCACAUGCCCGGCCUCUAUAACGCCGACCCGGGCAUGCGGGAACGCGAACUGCGAGAGCGGGAGAUGCGUGAGAGGGAGAUUCGUGAAAGGGAAAUGCGGGAAAGGAUGAAACCCGGUUUUGAAGUCAAACCUCCUGAGAUGGACGGACUCCACCCUUCCACGAACCCCAUGGAGCACUUUGCAAGGCACGGGGCCAUCACGUUGCCCCCCAUGGCCGGCCCUCACCCCUUCGCCUCCUUCCACCCGGGCUUGAACCCGUUGGAGCGCGAGCGGCUGGCCCUGGCCGGACCUCAGCUGCGGCCGGACAUGAGCUACCCGGAGAGGCUGGCGGCUGAGCGACUCCAUGCGGAGAGGAUGGCCACCAUGGCCAACGACCCCAUCGCCCGGCUACAGAUGUUCAACGUCACGCCGCAUCACCACCAGCACUCGCACAUCCACUCCCACCUGCACCUGCACCAGCAAGACCCCCUUCAUCAAGGUGGUGGUGAAUGCCUUGUGUGUCCUCCAGGUUCCGGGGGCCACCCCCUCGCCCUAGACCACCUGGCAGCCGGACCUCACCUGGCUCGCUUCCCUUACCCGCCCGGCGCCAUCCCCAACCCUCUCCUCGGCCAGCCGCACGAACACGAGAUGCUGCGCCACCCGGUCUUCGGCACUCAUUACCCACGGGACCUGCCGCCGCCCAUGUCUGCUGCCCACCAGCUGCAGGCCAUGCACGCCCAGUCAGCUGAGCUGCAGAGGCUGGCCAUGGAGCAGCAGUGGCUGCACGGCCACCAUCACAUGCACGGAGGGCCACUCCCUGGCCAGGAGGACUACUACAGCCGGCUGAAGAAGGAGAGCGACAAGCAGCUGUGAGACAAUUGAGUGCAGGACGACAGGAAGUUGUGAGAAAAAAAGGCCGAGUGGAACAUCUAAACACUUAUUUUUUCCAAACUCUUUCUUUUUUUUUGGUUUGGUAUUUAGCCAGCAGUACAAGCGAGACAACAUCCUGAAGACUCCUGCAUGACUAAAACUUCCCUCACGUUGUUUGUUUUAUUUUGUAGGUGCUAGAAGAAGACACACUGUGCUUAUCCAAAAACAAAACACAAAAAAUAACAAGUGCUAUCUUAAAGUCAACAUUUAUUUUAAUACAUUGUCGGAGGCUUUUUCAUCCUUUUAAAGAAGAACCACCGCAUGGCGUCUUUUUGUUGUUGUUUUUUUUUUGUUUUUUUUUUAAAUCUGUAAAUAGUAUAUAUAUAAACAUAUAGUUAUUAUUAUAAUUAUUAUUAUUCCUCGGUGUGGACAAACAAGACAAAGUCAUCCUCCGCUACAGUUCACCCUUGUUUCAGAGGGCAUUAUUUCUGCAGUCUCCUCACUUUAAGGUCUGACAUUGGCGUGUUAGAUUUAGUCCUACGUAGCCCCGCCCCCACCCCCACCCCCGUGCCAUCACGUCUGUCACCUUGUGUCCACUUGAAGCACUUGAAGCUUCACCUUAGUGCACGCCAUUGCUAAACUGCACUGAAGUUGGUUUUGUUGCUGAUCUUCCUCCUUUGACUAACUUCAACACAUGAAACCAUCAGCGUUAUUUGAACGGCUCCUCACUGUGACACCAGGGAGGGCGGGGCCUGCCAACACCUGACCAGGAAGUACAUGUUUUGUCAAGACUGUCGCGGACAAAAAAAAAACAAAUGAAGAGACCGUACUCGCAUUUUAAACGUCGGCGCCUUUUUAUUUUUUCCCUACGCUUGCAGACGUCAUCAAGACGCUCAUCGUCUCCGCCCCCCUCCCCCCAUCAUGUCCGCCCCCCCUCCCCAUCAUGUGUGUCCCCAAGCCUUCGGUGUUAAGUGUUGUCAAUGGUUUAGCUUCUCUUUUGAAAAGGCGGCAGCAGCAGAAUGUCCCUUCUGACUGCCCAGAUUUCUAUAUAUACUGCUACCCUCCAGCUUAUUGUACAUACAAGUAGUCGCCAUGGGAUGACACAAUGGAAACAAAAAGUAGAAUGAUUAAGACAAAUUGUGAGUCCUGUGUUCUCUGCAUUUGAGUAUUUUGUAAUUUUUUUGAAAAAUUUGUGGAAUUAAAAUAAACGACUAAGUUACACCACAAAAGAUGGAGUUCAUGAGUU